AUAGAAGUAGUUCAACACAAAGCCCUUACAGUACAGUAGCGCUCUGAACGACCACAGAGCAGGAGUUUAACUCUGGGAUUUUAUCAGACAGAUUAUAGCCUGCAACCAUGACAAUAAUAAGGGAGAGAGACUGGUCUUUGUUGAUGACCUAUUCCAAAACAGGAGGACUAGGAGCUUUGCUCACUGCUUUUAUGAAACAGAGAAGAAUGGGGCUGAAUGACUUCAUUCAGAGGCUGGCCACGAGUAACUCUGACACCUGCAAACAUCCUGAGGUCCAGUCCAUCGUCAACUUGGCUCCCCAACAACAGGAGGCUGAGCUAAUGAAUGCGAACCCCUCUCCUCCUCCCAGUCCCUCCCAGCAGAUGAACCUGGGCCCGUCCUCCAACCCCACAGCCAAGCCCAGUGACUUCCACUUCCUGAAGGUGAUAGGGAAGGGUAGCUUCGGGAAGGUCCUCCUCGCCAGGCACCGAACAGACGACCAGUUCUACGCUGUUAAGGUGCUGCAGAAGAAGGCCAUCCUGAAGAAGAAAGAGGAGAAGCACAUCAUGUCAGAGAGGAACGUCCUGUUGAAGAACAUUAAACACCCCUUCCUAGUGGGACUACACUACUCCUUCCAGACAGCUGAUAAACUCUACUUUGUGCUGGACUACAUUAACGGAGGAGAGUUGUUCUACCAUCUCCAGAGGGAGCGACGUUUCUUAGAGCCGCGGGCCAGGUUCUAUACAGCGGAGAUCGCCAGUGCCCUAGGCUACCUGCACUCUCUAAACAUCGUGUACAGAGACCUGAAGCCUGAGAAUAUUCUACUGGACUCUCAAGGACACAUCAUACUCACGGACUUCGGGCUCUGCAAGGAGAACAUAGAACAGAACGGAACCACGUCGACGUUCUGUGGAACACCAGAGUACCUCGCUCCAGAGGUGUUACACAAGCAGCCGUACGACAGGACGGUUGACUGGUGGUGUUUAGGAGCCGUGCUUUAUGAGAUGCUGUAUGGCCUGCCUCCGUUCUACAGUCGUAAUACAGCAGAGAUGUACGACAACAUCCUGAACAAGCCCCUGCAGCUCAAACCCAACAUCUCUAACGCUGCCAAGCACAUACUGGAGGGACUGCUGCAGAAAGAUCGCACACAGCGACUGGGACACAGCCACGACUUCGAGGAGAUCAAGAACCACAUGUUCUUCUCCCCCAUCAACUGGGAUGACCUGACCGCUAAGAAGCUCACCCCCCCUUUCAAUCCAAACGUGACGGGCCCUAACGACCUUCGCCACUUUGACACGGAGUUCACAGACGAACCCGUCCCCUCAUCCAUUGGCUGUUCCCCUGACUCCUCCCUCAUCACUGCCAGCAUCAAGGAGGCAGCCGAGGCCUUCCUAGGGUUCAGCUACGCUCCUUCCAUGGACUCAUACCUGUAGGCCAGAACCCUAGAGAGGCAUCCUAUAGACUCAUGAUAGACCAGAACCAUAGACUCCUAUAGACUCAUGAUAGACCAGAACCCUAGACUCCUAUAGACCAGAACCAUAGACUCCUAUAGACUCAUGAUAGACCAGAACCCUAGACUCCUAUAGACCAGAACCAUAGACUCCUAUAGACUCAUGAUAGACCAGAACCAUAGACUCCUAUAGACCAGAACCAUAGACUCCCAUUGACUCCCAUAGACUGCUAUAGACUCCUGGCUAUAAACCUACAUGAAUUAUUACCUAUGGGACACAUCAUAGACAUUCCUAUGAAUUUACUAACUAGGACGGACUCCCCAUGUCACGGAGGUACACACCUGUAGUCCCCCCCCCCCCCCGUAUUUUACACAUGUCUCAGGCAGCUUUACGCCCCCCCCCGACACCCCCUCCAUCACACUCGUCCAUUCUGACUCGUCCUGUCUCCCACUGAUGGCUCAUGGCUGUGGGUGGAUCUCUAUGGGUCUGUCCCAAAUGGCACCAUGUGACAUCCUUACACACCACUCCUCACGGGUUAAAUCCAUUGCCACGGUGAUGACACACGAUUGGUUUGUUUGUCUUUGUCAGUGAGAAUGGAUUGGUUGUGUGGUGGUCAGUGGGAGGUGCACCGCCAUAGAGACCGCACAGGAUUGGUUGUCUGGAGGUUGGUGAGAGUGACGGCACAGGAUUGGUUCUCUUGUAGUCAGCGGGAGUGAGGCAGUAUCACACUGUUGUCGCUGAUUGGUUGGUCUGUCAUGACAUGACCUGCUCACGGAUUCCGACGCUGAAACGUCUCAGUUCUUUUGUCUCUUCACCCUGGGUCACGUCGACUGAAACAGGACUUCGAGGAUGAUUCAUUUAUUCAUUUAUUCAUUUAAUGAUGGUUGGUUGGUUGGUUGGUUGGUUGGUUGAUUGGUUGUGGUGAGGAAGAAAGCGAAGCUGCUAGUAUCUACGGUUCUGUAUCUAAGUUCUGUUUUAAAGAACCCGGACCGAUACAAAGAGGACAUGGAUCGCAUCCCAAAUGGCACCCUAUUUGCCAUAUAUAGUGCACUACUUUUGACCAGGGCUCUGUCACUUUGGGAUACAGAUGUGAUGGACAGAAUGCUUUGUGGUGUUGAGAUCCGUCCGAUCCCCUAGACCCUACCCCCUACUCUCUACUCCCUACCCCCUACUCUCUACCCCCUACCCCCUACUCUCUACUCCCUACCCCCUACUCUCUACUCCCUAUCCCCUACUCUCUACUCCCUACCGCCUACUCCCUACUCCCUACCCCCUACCCCCUACCCCCUACCCUCUACUCCCUACCCCCUACUCUCUACUCCCUACCCCCUACUCCCUACUCCCUACCCCCUACUCUCUACCCCCUACUCUCUACCCCCUACUCUCUACUCCCUACUCCCUACCCCCUACUCCCUACCCCCUACUCUCUACCCCCUAUCCCCUACUCCCUACCCCCUAGUCUUCCCGUCUCCUCUUGAUGAUGUAACAAUGCUCCAACGUUGUAUGAACUCAACAUUCCAUUUUAAUAUUGCUGUAUGUGACAGUUAAACUCUAUAUUUAAGUUUGUUUGUAUAUGUGGAGUCUAUUUGUGUACUAGUUUUAAUAUAUAUGUAACAGGACACUAAAAGUAUGUUUAAAUAAUGUAUUUUAACUAUUCAUGUUAAAUGUACUGUAUAUUGUUCAGAUUUGUCCUUUGCCGUCACCAUGUUCAGUCUGCAAUAAAAGGUCUGCUGUUGUUA